UUGGUAGGAAAUGUGGGUAGGAGAUCUGAUUUGUUUGGAAAUAGUUUGGCCAUAGCCGUCCCUGUAAGCUGCAGCUCGUCUGCGAGUACUUCUCGCCGGGUUCAUAUUCGACUGUUCGACCAUCACUCGAUAUCUGUCUUUUCUCUCACGCACGCAUCACAGCUCUGAAGCGAAGCAAGAUCAUUCGGUUCCGGGAGAAAGUAACCAGUUCCGUGAAGAAACCCUAAACCUAACGAUAAAGGUUAUCACCUUUCGAAUUGAAUUGCAGAGAUAGUUGAUCGAUUGGGAAACAUGGUGUUAGCACAGCUAGGGGGGAGCAUCUCCCGUGCUCUCCAGCAGAUGAGCAAUGCGACCAUCAUCGACGAGAAGGUCCUUAACGAAUGUCUGAACGAGAUCACUCGAGCCCUUUUACAGUCCGAUGUGCAGUUCAAGCUUGUCCGGGAUAUGCAGACUAAUAUAAAGAAGAUCGUUAAUCUCGACGACCUCGCCGCUGGACACAACAAGCGUAAGAUAAUUCAACAGGCUGUAUUCAAUGAGCUCUGCAAAAUGUUGGAUCCAGGGAAACCUUCAUUUACCCCGAAGAAAGGGAAAACAAGUGUUAUAAUGUUUGUCGGUUUACAAGGUUCUGGUAAAACUACGACAUGCACAAAAUAUGCAUAUUAUCAUCAAAAGAAGGGUUGGAAACCUGCUCUAGUUUGUGCUGAUACAUUUAGAGCUGGUGCUUUUGAUCAAUUGAAGCAAAAUGCUACUAAAGCUAAGAUUCCAUUUUAUGGAAGCUACAUGGAGUCAGAUCCUGUGAAAAUUGCAGUGGAAGGUGUUGAGCGUUUUAAGAAGGAAAAUUGUGAUCUUAUUAUUGUAGAUACAAGUGGACGCCACAAACAGGAAGCUUCUCUUUUUGAAGAAAUGCGUCAAGUUUCUGAAGCAACGAAACCCGAUCUUGUUAUAUUUGUCAUGGAUAGCAGUAUUGGUCAAGCUGCGUUUGAUCAGGCUCAAGCAUUUAAACAAAGUGUUUCAGUUGGUGCUGUCAUUGUUACCAAAAUGGAUGGUCAUGCAAAAGGAGGUGGUGCUCUUAGUGCAGUUGCUGCUACAAAAAGUCCUGUAAUAUUCAUUGGAACUGGAGAACACAUGGAUGAGUUUGAAGUUUUUGAUGUCAAACCAUUUGUUAGUCGUCUAUUAGGCAUGGGUGAUUGGUCUGGGUUCAUGGACAAAAUUCAUGAAGUUGUGCCUAUGGAUCAACAGCCUGAGCUUCUACAAAAGCUUUCUGAAGGCAACUUCACUUUACGUAUUAUGUAUGAGCAAUUUCAGAACAUACUCAAAAUGGGUCCCAUUGGUCAGGUUUUUUCAAUGCUUCCAGGAUUUAGUUCCGAGUUAAUGCCAAAAGGUCGUGAAAAGGAAAGCCAAGCAAAGAUCAAGCGCUACAUGACUAUGAUGGAUUCCAUGACAAAUGAAGAGUUGGAUAGUAAUAACCCGAAGCUUAUGAACGAGUCUCGGAUGAUGCGGAUAGCACGAGGUGCUGGUCGCCCUGUUAGAGAAGUGAUGGAGAUGUUAGACGAAUAUAAGCGCCUUGCCAAGAUUUGGAGCAAAAUGAAAGGGCUCAAGAUUCCAAAGAAGGGUGAAAUGAGUGCAUUAUCUCGAAAUAUGAAUGCACAGCACAUGAGUAAAGUCCUUCCACCACAAAUGUUGAAGCAAAUAGGUGGUAUGGGUGGCCUACAAAAUUUGAUGAAACAAAUGGGUUCUUCAAAAGACAUGAUGGGGAUGUUUGGUGGGGGGGACAAGUAAUACCAGCAAUUUGUAUGUUUAGUUGCAUGAAAUUUCUUGAGAGGGAUAAGCUUUGUGCAGGAUUAAAGGCAUUUUUAUAGGUCAAUUGUAUUAUCAACCAUAGAUGCCGAUUAACAUUUGAGGGGUCCUUGGACCGAGGUCUGUGACGGCUUCGCAUCUGUAAUGAAUGGUUUUAUCAUGGACUUUGUAAAGGGAUUAGAUUAAAUGAUUCACACACAAAUCAAUCUUUUCAA